UCGUCAACAAAACAGAGUGAGAAGAGAGAGAGAGAGAGGAGUGGGCAGAGUGGCAGAGCCGCCGAGGAGAGAGAGAGAGAGAGCAGAAAAAAAAAAGGAAAUGAAAACAAGAAGAAAAGUAGAGAAAGCGUUAACUGUCAUUUAAAGCUUCUGGGAUUUUACCAUGUGAAUUUUUUAUCUUCCAUUUUCAACCGCUCUCUCCUUUUACUCUCCCCGAGCUAUCAAAACAGACAAACUCUCUCUCUCUCUCUCUCUCUCUGUCUCUCGUUCUUUAAAGCCUCUGCUUCUAUUUACAGUAGAAAUUGCAGAGGAAGGAAAAGGGGAACAUUAAAAAGCAGCAGAUCCAUGAGAGUAGAUAUGUCAGUCGUGUUUUCUCUUUUGCUAUUAAUGGCCUCAAGCUCGGAUCUUUUCUGGUCGCCUGGAGUUGGACUCUCUGCUGCUCUCAUUCCAACCUUCUAGGGUUUGUCGGGGGGUUUUCUGUUUCCCUCUUCUUGGAGUUAGGGUUUCUUGUUUGGCAAAAGGAGUUGGAAUUGUAUUUUUGGCUUCUUCGAUGUUACGUGAGCGAUAUUCCGGAUUGCGGAAGUUGCAGGAUUUAGUUCGGCACUUGUACUAUAAAAAUUUUCUUCAAUUCAGAUUUGUGAGCUUGGGUUUUGAGGUUUUACGUAGGUUAUCCUAGGUGGGAAGCAAUUGUUGCUACAACUAUGAAUAGGAGACUCUUUCACGGUUAAUGGGGAAAUAAAUUGAUACUUAGACUUGUUUGUCCUUGCUACACUUCUCACUGGAAACUGGUUUACUAAGAGAUCUUAAGAUUUAUGUUAUGGUUAGGAAUCUUGCAUCUUUCUGGAUGAUCCUCCUAGUUAUGUAAAAAUCAAGAGACAAAAAAGAUGGCCAUUAGAAUGUUUCACUAACAUGUAAAUGUAUUUAAAGGAGAGGCAGUGGGGUUUGAGUUCUGCUAGUACACCACAGAGGUCCAUAGGACUUGCUUUAUUACUGUCAAUUUGAAAUGUAUGCAUCUGUAAUGGCUUCUUGCUGAAGAUAAGAUAUUUCAUUCUUUCCUUUACAUCCACAUGGUCAACCACAGAACUCUCAAAUAUCAUGUUGGGUAACUUGUAAGGGGAUGCUGUACGAAUUGUUUUUACAUAAGAGCACAUAAUUCAGUCAGCUUGGUUAUUGUUUGAAGCUUAAUAAAAUAUCCAUACUUGUAUAUUGUUGCACCGAUCACGCCUAGAACCAAAUUGGAGAUAUGGAAUCUGUGACUACCUGUAUUUACCAGAAGAAGGGUAUUGCUUCUCGGCUAUUUCCAGCUGUUGGACCCAUGUUUCUGAUAUCAAUGGGAUAUAUUGACCCAGGAAAGUGGGCUUCAGCUAUUGAAGGAGGUGCCCAUUUUGGUUCUGAUCUCAUAUUACUGAUGUUUGUUUUCAAUUCUUCUGCAAUUCUGUGUCAGUACCUUGCAGUUCAUAUUGGUUUGGUUACUGGAAAGAAUCUUGCACAGAUUUGCAGUGAGGAGUACAAUAAGUCCAUAUGCAUAUUACUUGGAGUUCAAGCAGAGCUUUCUGUGAUUGCUUUGGACCUGACUAAGAUUCUGGGUGUUGCACAUGCACUUAAUCUCCUUUUUGGGGUGGACCUGUUUAUCUGUAUCUUUUUGACUGCACUUGAUGCUGUUUUAUUUCCUCUUUUUACCACCUUCUUGGAGAAAUUCAAGGCAGAAGUCCCGUUUUCGAUCAUGGCAGCAGUUAUAUUUCUUUUUUAUAUUCUUGGAAUACUUAUAAAUCAACCUGAAAUCCCACUUGGCAUAAAUGGGAUGCUUACAAGGUUAAAUGGGGAGAGUGCAUUUACCCUGAUGAGUCUUCUUGGAGCAGCUAUUAUGCCUCACAAUUUCUACCUCCAUUCUUCUAUUGUGCAGCUGCAGCAGCAACACAGACCACCAUAUGUAUCUAAGGUUGCCUUAUGUCAUGACCAUUUUUUUGCCAUAUUAUGUAUAUUCAGUGGCAUUUUCUUGGUGAAUUCUGUAUUAAUGAACUCAGCAGCAACCGUCUUCCACAGUGCUGGCCUCGUUGUGCUUACUUUACAGGAUGCACUUUUACUUAUGGACCAGGUAUUUAGGAGUCCUAUGGCAACUUUUGCCUUUUUUCUGGUCCUUCUCAUUUCUAGUCAGAUUACAACAUUAACUUGGAAUAUUGGUGGGCAAGUAGUACUGAAUAAUUUAUUUGCGGUGGACCUACCUGCUUGGAUUCAUCGUGCAACAAUCAGAAUGAUUGCCAUUGUUCCAGCUCUUUACUGUGCAUGGAAUUCUGGAGCUGAAGGAGUAUACCGGCUGCUUGUUUUUGCUCAAGUUGUGGUGGCUAUGCUACUUCCACCUUCUGUAAUCCCACUUUUUCGGGUGGCCUCAUCAAGUUCAAUAAUGGGUGCCUUCAGAAUCUCUCAGCUUCUGGAAUUCUUAGCUUUGACUGCCUUUAUUGGAAUACUUGGUUUAGAAUUUGUCUUUUUUGUGGAGGUCUUAUUCGGGGAAAGUGACUGGGUGGGUAGUUUGCGAUGGAACAUGGGAAGUAGUGUGGCACUCCCAUAUGUUGUUGUUCUCAUCAUUGCCUCUACAUCACUCUGUAUGAUGCUUUGGUUGGCAACCACUCCACUGAAAUCUGCAAGCAUCAAUCAAGAUGCACAGACAUGGAACUGGGAUAUACAAAACACUCGACCCAAGUUAUCUAUGGAGGGAGAAGAGUUUGGUUUAGUUAGGACUAGUUAUCAUGGGGAGGGGACUGCAGCAGAAGAACCAGCAUGUGAGAAGUCUUUGGAGAGUUGUUCUGAUGGUCUAGCUGCUGAGUUUGAUGUUGACUUGCCUGAAACAAUUAUGGAUUCUGACCAAGAAGCUCCUGCUACUUUGAGUGAGGAGAAACAUACUACUGCUACCACUGAAGCUCCUAGCUCCCCAAAACGCCAAUCAGAAGAAUCAGUGUCCACAACUGAGUCGGUUCCAGUUGCAAAUUUAGGUAAUGAGGUUUCUGAUAAUGGAUCUCUUGAUUCUGAUUCUGUACAGAAGAUUGAACUUGUUGAUCCAGUUGGAAAGACUGAGGGGGUGAAAGGAGACCUGCAAACUGACAAGGAUGAUGACGAGGGGGAAACAUGGGCACCAGAAGAAUCAUCUAGAUCUGUUUUUGCAGGUGCACUCACUUCAACCUCUGAGGGUUCAGGAUCUUUUAGGAGUCUUAGUGGGAAAACUGAUGAAGGUACCAGUGGUGGUGGAAGUCUUUCAAGAUUAUCUGGGCUGGGUCGUGCUGCCAGACGUCAAUUAGCUGCUAUUCUUGAUGAGUUCUGGGGUCAGUUGUAUGAUUUUCAUGGGCAGAUAACUCAAGAAGCAAAGUCCAAGAAAUUAGAUGUUUUGUUGGGAGUGGAUCCCAAACCUUCUGUUUCACAAAAAAUAGACCCUACUGGGAAUCAAUCUUCUGGAUUCUUUCCUUUGGUAGCAGAAAGAGGAUCUGAUUUUCUGAUAAACUCUAGUAUAUAUGAUUCCCCAAAGAAACAGCGGAUGCCAAGCAAUGUAGGAUUGUCUUAUGGGCUUCAAACAGGUUCUUCUGCAUCGUGGUCUACUCACAUGCAGUUGUUGGAUGCAUAUGCACAAAGUUCCAGCUGCAGUGUUGCUGAUGCCAGUGAGAGGAGGUACUCUAGUUUGCGACUGCCACAGUCUUCUGAUGGCUGGGAUUAUCAGCCUACAACAGUGCAUGGUUAUCAGAUGGCAUCCUAUCUUGCUAAGAUGGCUUUAGACAGAAAUGCCGAUGCUUUGAGCACUUCAUUGGACCCACUGACCCCUAAAACCUCAUCUUUUGUCCCUACCAACUACAGAGACUCAACCACUUAUGCUCUGGGUCAAAAACUACAAAAUGAGAUUACCUCCUUAAAUUCAUCCACCAUGCAUAACCCAGUGGCAUCUAGAAAUAGCACAUUACAAGCUGAAAGACCUUACUAUGAUUCCUGUUCUUAUGGGCCUGUCGAAAAUCCUGGGUCAACAAAGAAGUACCACAGCUUACCUGACAUUUCUGGCCUUGCAGUUCCUCUUCGGGAUUCAUAUUUGUCUGAUAGGAGUGCUCAGUGGGGCACUCCUAUUGGAAACACAGCAUAUGAACAAUCCCUAUAUUCAAAUACUGGAUCCAGGGCAGAAGUUCCUUUGCCGUUUGAUGAACUCUCUCCUAGUAAGUUGUACAGAGAAGCCCUCUCUGUACAGUUGACUCCAAAUUCAGACACCUCACUCUGGUCUAGACAGCCUUCUGAACAAUUAUUUGGAGUUGCAGGUCGAACUCGGUGUGUGGGAGAUGGAACCGGAACCCGACAGAAUUUGGUUAUGCGAGAAACGCCUUCUCAAGUAGACUUGGAGGCUAAGCUGCUUCAGUCGUUCAGAUGUUGUGUUGCGAAGCUCUUGAAGUUGGAGGGAUCUGAUUGGUUAUUUAGGCAGAAUAACGGGGUUGAUGAGGAUCUGGUUGGCCGUGUUGCCACUAGGGAGAGCUUCUUUUAUGAAGCUGAAAGUAGAGAGGUUAAUCAAAUAGUUUACAUGGGUGAGUCUCAGUAUCUAUCUACUGACAAGAAGAUCAGUCCAGGGCUCAAGAAUGAGGAUGCCAGUCUUUCCCGGUUUCUUGUUUCCUCAGUUCCACAUUGUGGGGAGGGUUGUGUUUGGCGAGUGGAUCUGAUAGUGAGCUUUGGAGUGUGGUGCAUUCAUCGAAUACUGGAGUUGUCAUUGAUGGAAAGCCGGCCAGAGCUUUGGGGAAAAUAUACUUACGUUCUUAAUCGCCUUCAGGGAGUUCUCGAUAUGGCAUUUUCCAAGCCUAGGACUCCCUUGCCUCCCUGUUUCUGUCUCCAAGUACUGGCGGCACAUGCAAGAAGGUCAAGCCCACCACUUUGUAAUGCCCCGUCUGGAAAACCAGGAAGGGGGAAAUGCACCAGUGCAUCCAUGCUUCUUGAUUUAAUCAGGGAUGUUGAGACAGCAGUUUCCUGCCGUAAGGGUCGAACGGGCACUGCAGCAGGCGAUGUGGCUUUCCCCAAAGGUAAGGAGAAUCUGGCUUCAGUCCUCAAGCGCUACAAGCGUAGGCUUUCCAACAAACCCGUUGGGGCAGUGGAAGGUGGUUCUGCUUCACGUAAAGUUCCUAUACUUGCAUCAUAUGCCUCGUAGUGUUCCAAUGUUUUUUGAGCAAACUUGCAUCAGGGAGAUUGGGCUGUUUGCUUUUGAAAAUUGGUUUCAUGAGGCUCCUGCCAGACAGUGCAUCACCGUUGCUUGGUUGUGUCGAUGUAUGUACAAGUCUUCGCUGCAAAUUUCAUUUCCAUGUAUACUAUGUAUACGUAUACCAAAAGUUACUGGAACUGUGAUUGCAGCGAAAAAAUGGGUAGAAAAAAGGUGAAAAGCGUAUUAUGUAGCUGUUGUUUCCGCUGUGACUGUAGUUUUUGUCACCAUUUUUUUUCUUUUAUUUACCAGAUGGUGAUAUGUCAAUCACAGUUACAUGGAAAGUGAAAAAAAAAAGAAAAAAAAAAAGAUCUUGUUGGGGUUAGUUCGUUUGGUCAUAACUUCAAUCGACCGAAAGCAGUUUGUUCGUCGCAUUGCUUCUGGAAAACGAGUACUUCCAAUCAAGCUUCUGAUACUACUGAUGCUUUAAUCUGCUGCAAAUUUGCAUAAUCUUUGUUUGUGAAGUGAGUUGGACGUUCAUUUGUCAUAACUCAUAAUAGCUGAGCUUUAUAAACGGAUUUUAAUGAUUUUCUUUCGUAGUACGCAGUUAUAUACUGUUACUUUGUUAGUAUUAUUAAAUACUCUCUAGUUGUUGCAAGAGUCGGAUGAUGCUCUCUCGUAUAUAGAAGUUGGAUGUGUAAGUAAAAGAGGUUUCAUAGGUAUAUAAAAGUUGGAACGUCCACCGAAGUUGGGUGAGAUUUUUUCU